AUGACAAUGACCAAACCAGUGGAGAAUGAGUCAAGCUAUACUACACCUAGGAAAAGUAAGAAAGAUGUGAGGUUUUCUAAUCACUUUGAGGUUUUACCCUCUCCAGUCAAUUCAAAUCCAGCGAAAGGGACUAUGGAGGGAGAUAAUCUAGUUAGAGGAAAGCGGUUCAUGCUUGCAGAGGACGAGAUCAUCAAAGCUGCUGUUAACGACUAUAUACUGAGCCACGACUUAGGUGACGAAGGCCUGGACAUGGUCCUCAACUGUAGAAAGCACCCCGAGGUGAGGGGCUGUUGGAAAGAGAUCGGGUCUUCCAUACCACACAGACCCACCUUUUCCGUCUACAGGCACAAGCUCGGCAAGUGCGAUAUCCAUGUGAGUAACGCCUGGCGGAGGAUAAAAUUGGUCAACCGCAAGAAAGGGCACUGGUCUCAGGACGAGUACCAGAAACUGUUUGACCUCGUGAACAUUGACCUGCAGGUGAAGCUUGGGGAAGAGAAGAAGUCCCAGUACGGGAUGCUGCGUGGCAAUAUCUUCUGGACAUCAAUUAGUGAUAAGCUGUCAACCCGUACUUGGGAAUUUUGCUGUAAGAAGUGGUACAAGCAGCUGACCUCGUCCAUGGUGGCCCAGGGCGUGUGGGCCAACUCAGACGACUACCGCCUAAUUGGCGGGCUUUAUAGCCUGGACGCGACCUGCGUGGAGGAUGUGGACUGGGAUGGUGUUGUUGAGGGCAGGGAUGAGAAAGUGUUCUGA